CUGGUGUGUGUAUGUGUUGUAUGUAUGGGAAUCUUUGGAAUAUCCAAGCUUCGACAGUGAAAGGAAAGAUAGAAGUUGUUGCAGGUGUCGUCAGUCAGAUGCGUUUGUGUACUAUGUUUUGGUGAGUGUUGUGUUGCGUAAAUUUUUGGGAUUGUGUACAAGACACAAGAGACAUGUCUUUGAAACCAAAGAAUGUUGAUUUCAAUGAAACAUGGAGUGCUUUAAGAGAAACGGUAAAAGGAGUACUAACACUUAGUUCUGUACCUCGGUCUGUUUGGAAUGAUCGCUUCAGUGAUGUGUAUUCACUCUGUGUUGCGCAUCCUGAACCACUUGCUGAUCGUUUGUACCUGGAAACAAAAGCUUUUUUAGAUGCCCAUGUCAGAUCUCUAUUGGAACAAGUGCGAGCAAAUGGUGAAAACAAUCUUCUCAGAGCAUACUAUCAAGCUUGGAGCCAGUAUAGUCUUGGCUGUCUUUAUCUGCAUAAAUUGUAUUUGUACUUGAAUCAGCAACACAUCAGGAAACAAAAACUGUCAGAAGCUGAAAUAAUAUAUGGCAAUCUUAGUGCUGCACUGCAAGAGCAGAUGGAAGUUGGAGAACUAGGUCUUGAAAUUUGGAAAAAGAAUAUGAUACAACCAUUAAAGGAUAGUUUGGUUAGUCUUCUUUUGGAAGGCAUACAUCAAGACCGUGUAGGAGAAGGUAAUCCAAAUUCAACAGAUAUCAUAAGGGGCGUGAUACAGUCUUUUGUCAGUGUUGAAGAAUUCAAGAUGAAAGGAAACCUAUGUUUAUAUGAAGAAAUAUUUGAGACACCUUUCCUUGCUGCUAGUGGGGAGUACUAUAAACUUGAAGCUAGCAGACUACUGCAGACAUGUGAUGUUUCAUUGUACAUGGAGCGAGUCACCCUUCAGUUGAAGGAAGAAACACUUAGAAGCCAAAAAUUCUUGCACUGCAGUUCAUUCCCAAAGGUAAGAGCCAAGUGUGAACAUCAUAUGGUGGAAGAACACCUGCCGUUUCUGCACAGUGAAUGUAAGGCAAUGGUGCAGCAAGAACGUAGAAGGGACUUAAGCCUUAUGUAUCCCCUGUUGCGUUCUGUGCAGGGUGGAGUUGCUGUGCUAAUAAAGGAAGUACUUGAACAUAUUAAGCAACAGGGACUUGAGGCGAUUACUGGAUUGCGUGGAGACAAUAUACACACGCAGUUUGUGGAAAAUAUGUUGGCUGUUCAUAAAAAGUACAAAGAGCUUAUUACCGAUGUUUUUGCUGGAGACCAAAGUUUCAUGGGUGCACUAGAUAAGGCGUGCUCAUAUGUUAUUAAUUAUAAAUCUAAUCCAAAAAUAAUGUGCCGUUCCCCUGAAUUGCUAGCAAAAUACUGUGACUCUCUAUUGAGAAAGUCAGCAAAAGGGAUGUCAGACACAGAAAUAGAUGAUCGGCUAGCACAGUCCAUAACAAUAUUUAAGUACAUUGAUGAUAAAGAUGUCUUCCAGAAAUUUUAUUCAAGGAUGUUAGCCAAAAGAUUAAUACAUCAGCAGAGUCAGUCAAUGGAUGCUGAAGAAGCUAUGAUCAACCGACUGAAACAAGCUUGUGGUUAUGAAUUCACAAACAAACUUCAUCGCAUGUUUACAGAUAUAUCAGUUUCAUCUGAUUUCACUAACAAAUUCAAUGACUUUCUGAAAAGUACAUAUGGAUGUGACUUGGGGUUCAAUUUUUCCAUGUAUGUCCUGCAGGCUGGAGCUUGGCCUCUUACGCAGACGACGAUUACAUCAUUCUCAGUACCUAAGGAACUGGAGAAAGCUGUUCAAAAGUUUGAAACAUUCUAUCAUAAAGGAUUCAGCGGGAGGAAACUGACAUGGCUGCAUCAUCUUAGUCAAGGUGAAUUGAAACUUGGCUAUCUUAAAAAGCCGUACCAAGUUACAAUGCAGACAUUUCAAAUGGCCAUCCUUCUUCAGUUUCAAGAGGUCGACUCAUUAACUUGUCGAGAAGUGCAAGAAUGUUUACAACUCUUCGAUGAACCUUUUAAUAAGCAUGUUAUGGGUCUAAUUGAGUCAAAACUGUUGAUGACUGAUAAUCAGGCUCUAGGACCUGAUACUGUGUUGCGUCUUAAUAAAGAGUACACAAACAAAAGGACAAAAUUCAGAAUUACUACUAUCGCCCAUAAAGAAUCCCCACAAGAAAUAGAACAAACCAUAUCUGCUGUGGAUGAGGACAGAAAACUUUACUUACAGGCAGCGAUUGUGAGGAUUAUGAAAAGCCGGAAAGUACUUAAGCACAAUUGUCUGAUUCAGGAGGUACUGAGGCAGUCAAAAGCUUCGUUUGCACCAACAAUAAAUCUUAUCAAAAAAUGUAUAGAAGCCUUAAUUGACAAGCAGUAUAUUGAACGUACUCCACAUUCACCAGAUGAGUACAGCUAUGUGGCGUAAAAAUGUGACUCUCAAGAUGACUCUUAAGGAUGCAAAAGCAUUUUCCUUGAUUUUGAAUAUACGAAUGAUUACUACCACUACAGUUAUUUACUAAACUUGAGAGAGUGAUUGAAAGUGUAAACAUAAUUUUCAUUGUAAUCGUGUUUCUUUUGCAAUUCUGAUUGUGUUUGCAGUGAACUUGUUGAGCCACUUGUAUUCCAGCAGUGGUUUGAUGUUGCUUGCAGUGUGGAUGCAAUCAUGCUUUGUGGCUUUUGAUAACUGUUGUGAAGUAUGUAGUUGCUGUACAGGAUUAAAUUAAGACUGUUGUUUGGGAGUGAUUCUCCCCCCCCCCCCCCCCUCUCUCUCUCUCUCUCUCUCUCUGUGUGUGUGUGUGUGUGUGUGUGUGUGUGUGUGUGUGUGUGUGUGUGUGUGUGUGUGUGAGAGAGAGAGAGAGGGGGGGGGGGAGACUGGGGUUCACACAUAUUUGUGUGGGUUGAGAGAAACCUGGAAGGGAGGGGGAUGGUGUGUUGUCUGGAUGUGAGUGAGGAGGGGAAAUGGGUGUAUAUGUAAGGUCAUUCCUCUGAAUAAGUUUUUCUAGGAGGAGAGUGAUGUAGUUGUUAUUGUUACUGCCAUUGCUGAUGGAAGUUCUGAAGUCUCUCAUGUAAUAAGAGACAUCAUCAUCUAAUGAGAGAUAUCUUCUUAGAGAAUGACCUCUGCAGCUAUUUCAAAUUGUGUCUAGAGAAUUGAAAGAAAUCACUAUGUAUGAAAAAGAAGCAAUGUUCCACUUAAAGAUAUUCUUUGCAACCUUGACCAAAGGAAUUUAAGAGCAAAAUAAAUUGAAAGAAUGGGCAGAUCAGAAACUUUUCUGUCUGUUUUGUUGACAUCAUAGUAUUAGGCGAUCUGUUCUGUGUGCAGAGACUGCUAGUGCUACACAUUCUGUCUUGCACUUCUACCAAUAUAUUUUCGGAAUACAUGUCUAUCAUUAGACUUUAAACUUCAUUUUGGUGCUUUUAAUCAGCAUGUAUUUACCAUUUUCCUAGUUUGUAACUAUGCUGGUACUGUGCAAAAUGUAUGAUGUCAAAAAUAUUUUACCUGCUUUUGUAGAGUGAAUGGGAAAUGCAAGUUGCAGUUGUUCACCCCAUUUUCCCUCCAGGAAUUCUGUAACUGUAUUGUGGGAUGUUGUUGGUGUAGCAGAAGAAAAUAUUUAAAAUAUUUCGUACAGUGUUGAUAUGUUGUGUUGAUGUGUACUAAAGAAUGUAUGUCUUAAUGUAAAAUAUAAUAAAUAUUCUUCAUAGUUCUAAA